AUGACUGACUUUGUCAAAACCGAGGACAUGGCCGAAGCGCUCCCCACCACUGACGGUCCUCCCAAGGAUCAAGAAGCCUACGAUCGUGCUCGCGAAAAGGGCUGGUCUGCCCCGGAGCCAAGCAACUAUCCCGCUGAGAAUGGCACUGAAGCUCAGUCAAACGAGGUCCCAUUUGUCGAGGAGGCAUGGAUGCACUCUGCCCAGAAGUACGAGUGGAGCGAGGAAUUCGGCGAUGUCGGUCCCAAGAUCACAGAGCUUGAAGCACAAUUGUUCAACCCAGACCUGAAGCCGGUGAAGGGCAACUUGUUCGAGAAGCAAGUGUCGUCACUCAACUUGACCUCCAUCAAGGUCAUCGCCGAGGCCGUCGAGCGCCCUGCUCCUAUCCGCGACUUCGACAACGCUGGCUUGCAUCCCGUGAUUGUUGAGAACAUCAAGCUCUCCGGUUACGACACUCCAACUCCGAUUCAAGCGUACACCAUCCCAGCCAUCGGCAAGGGUUACGACGUCAUCGGCACCGCGCAGACUGGUUCUGGCAAGACCGCCGCCUACCUCAUCCCCGCUCUUUCAAAGCUGAUGGGUAAGGUGAAGAAGCUGGCCGCGCCUCGUCCAAACCUCGCCAACGGCUUCAACCCUGACACCGACAUGGUUCGUGCUGAGCCGCUGAUCCUUGUGGUGGCUCCCACUCGUGAGCUUUGCUGCCAGAUCUUCGAUGAGUCCCGUCGUCUGUGUUACCGCUCCAUGCUGCGACCUUGUGUUGCUUACGGUGGCGGUCCAAAGCGUGAGCAGAUGGAUGAGCUGCGCAAGGGCUGUGACAUCCUGGUUGCUACCCCGGGUCGGUUGAUUGACUUCAUGAGCAAUCACCCCAACCUGCUGUCGCUCAACCGCCUGCGAUUCACCAUCAUCGAUGAAGCUGACGAGAUGCUUCACGACGACUGGGAGAAAGAAAUGUCGAAGAUCAUGGCUGGUGGUGACACCAAUGAGGACGGCAACCACCGUUACAUGCUGUUCUCUGCCACCUUCAACAAGAGAAUGCGCAAGCUGGCGAAGAAGUACCUCUCCGGCGACCACAUCCGUAUCCGCAUUGGCCGUGCAGGUUCCACCCACAUCAACGUCCAGCAGAACGUCAUCUGGGUGGAGAACAACGAAAAGCAGAAGGCCUUGUAUGAUCUCCUCAUCUCGAUGCCGCCCUCUCGUACCCUGGUCUUCGUUCGCUCGAAGAAGACUGCCGACUUCGUGGACGACUACCUCUUCAACCUCGGUCUCCCCUCAACGUCUAUCCACUCUGAUCGCACUCAGCGCGAGCGUGAGGACGCCAUCCGUGCCUUCAAGUCUGGAAGAGCUCCAAUCAUGGUCACCACCGGUGUCUCUGCUCGAGGUCUCGACAUCCGCAACGUCAUGCAUGUCAUCAAUUUCGAUCUUCCGUCCAUCGACUAUGAUGCGAAGAUGAGCCGUACUGCUCGCAUUGGUAAUGUUGGUCUGGCUACUUCCUUCUACAACGACAAGGAUGAGGGAAUGGCCGACUACCUUGUCAAGAUCUUACUCGAGACCGGUCAGCCGAUCCCAGACUUCUUCGCCGAACGCGUCCCAGAAGACAAGAAGGUGGAUUUCGAGGACGAUUCAGGUGCUGAGGAUGAUGAUGAGGGUGCACAGGAUGGUGGUGGUGACUCGUGGUAG